GGAAGUUGUUCGGGCUGCCAUGUUUGGUCGCUUUGUUGUAGCUUCUGCGAGGUUUCCUUCAGAAUCACUGAGUGUGGAAAUGGAGCCGAGCUGGAGUACGUUUCUCUUCCACCAGGCCAAUGAAGCCCUCCACCACCAGCACCAGGUGGCCCAGAAUAGCCUGCUGCCUCUUCUUAACGCGGGAGCUGAGCAGAUUGACCAGAAGCCUAUCCUGCCCAUCCAAAUAGACCAGAAGCCACCUGUCAGUGCUGCUGAUCUCAUGAAAGACAAUGUGGCCAGUGGUGUAGGUCAGCGGCCACCGAUGCCUGUGAUAAAGAAGGAGCACAAAGGCAAAACACCUUUCGUCUGCGGUUACUGUAACAAGGCCUUCCGUGACAGUUACCACCUGAGACGUCACGAGUCCAGCCACACCGGUAUCAAGAUGGUAUCGCGUCCGAAGAAGACGGCUCAAACAGCCCCCACCAUGGUACCCAUGAUCCCUUCCAUGGCAAGAGAGAACAACGGCAACUCCUACAUCUCCACGGUAGCGGGCAUCCUCUCAACGGCAACCACGUCUGUUUCAUCGGGCACGAGUAUCAUGACGUCAUCCGCCAUGGGUAACAUGCCUCAGCAAAAUGUCCCCAAGAAACCUCCAAAGCCCGUUAAGAAAAACCACGGGUGCGAGAUGUGCGGGAAGGCCUUUCGUGACGUGUACCACCUGAACCGCCACAAGCUCUCCCAUUCAGACGAGAAGCCUUUCGAGUGCCCCAUCUGCCAGCAGCGCUUUAAGAGGAAGGACCGGAUGACUUACCACGUCCGCUCUCAUGAUGGGGGGGUCCACAAGCCCUAUGUAUGCUCCGUGUGUGGAAAAGGCUUUUCCAGGCCAGACCACUUGAGCUGCCAUGUGAAGCACGUUCAUUCUUCAGAAAGACCGUUCAAGUGUCAAGUAACGGCCUGUACCUCUGCUUUCGCCACCAAAGACAGACUCCGCUCCCACAUGAUCCGGCAUGAAGGCAAGGUCACCUGUAGCAUCUGUGGGAAGAUGCUCAGCGCAGCCUACAUCACCAGUCAUUUGAAGACUCAUGGACAGACCAACUUCAACUCCUGUAACAAAGAGAGUAAUGACGUCUGCAACUCUGGUUCAGUGACACCCGUGUCCAUUUCUGCUCCCAUCACCUCAGCGAUGAACCGGGUCAACUUAAACAACAACCACCCCGUCACCAUAGCCGCACAAAUGAACAUUAGCACCAACACGGUCAACAUCACAUCUCCGGUCAGCCUCCAGCACCCCGUCACCAUCACCGGCCCCGUCAACAUCGCAUCCGUGAACAUCCCCGCCACGGCGUCCAUGAAUAUCGCCCACCCGGUCGCCAUAACGACCCCCAUGUCUAUGAAUUUAGGUGGUCCGCUAAACAUCGCCAUGCGGUCAGUGGAUAGCAUGCCUUUUCUGUCCCAAGUCCUGCCUUCUUCCCCACCGUGGUAAAGAGAGGAACAGGGGGGGCCGGGGGGGAAAAGGAGAGUGAGUAAGACGGUGUCCAACUGGCCAGAAAGAAAGGGAAAAUGAAGUGAAAUGAGACUCCUGUACUCAUAUUUGCACCUCCAGCUCAGCUCCCCCUCCUCCCCAUCCCCUCCACCCCCCACCACCACCAAACAAUGUUCACUUCAUCGAGGCCUGAAGUGAAUGUUUACAGGAGCUGUGAGGCCAGUAGGAGCUCCCCGAAUCCUAACUGUCCCAGCUGAGGUGAAGUGACUGGCCGAGCGCUCGAGUAGAAUUUGAACAGGAUUUAUACCGAAAUCAGGACAGCCGUAAGAUUUAGCGUAGUCAGUUAGAACGACGAAACUGUGAUUUGUAUCAUGACAAACAAGAGGAAAGGACUCCUCAAGCUCGCUUGAGGACCCCGAUAUUAAAAACACACCACUGCUUUUGUAAGGGAGAUGUGAAAUUAACCGAAGCAAUAAUUAUGAAUUGCUUUUUCUGAUGUUUUACAAGUUCUCCCCAAAGCCUCCUAGGUGUUACUUUUUGAAUUUAGUUUUAUUGUUUUAUUUUUUUUUAACUAUAGCCUGCUAAUCACUAUUUAAUGUUAUAGAAAAGGAGUUUAGUAAAAGGGACAGCGACUUCCGCCGACAUGGAAGACUUAUUUUUUCACAAUGUUAUAGCGUUUCUUUUCAGAUAGUAGAUCUACUCUUGAGGUACAGUAACUAACUUGUACAGUUGACAUAGUAAUGUAUUUUCACGUCAGCAUUUUUCAUUUUUUUUAAAACUUUUUUGUCAUUCAAACGGGCACAGGGAUACUGUCCUCUUGAAUUCUGACAUAUUUGUACUUUGUUUUCCAUUUGAAUGGAAACACAAAGGUUUGUUUUUAAUUUGUAGUGUUCAUUUUUUUCCAUGAAGUCUGAAUGGAAUGAGUCUUGCACUGAAGGCAUAUCGUACACUCAGAUGUACAGCAGUAUUAUCAAAGAUCAAAUGGAGUCUUAAGUGUUUUGGUCAGCCAGCCUACACUUGAGUGCCAUCUAGUGGCUGAUUUUUUAAAACUCUGGCCUUGUAGUGAAGCUUUUUCAGGCUGUUAACGUCAUCAUGUAGGUGACUACAUAGUUUUAGCUGACUUUUGUUACGCUGUUUUUUAUUAUUAUUAUUAUUAUUAUUAUUAUUAUUAUUAUUAUUAUUAUUAUUUAUCAGUUAUCUGUCACAUCCCCAAGCUGAUACUAAGGACCUUUCGCUCAGGAAACAGAAAAGCCCAUUAAUCAUGAAUUUGUACUUUGAUUUUCGACUUUUCCGUGCUCCUCUUUUAGACUCCGUUAAACAUUUGGCAUUUUUGUGUUAAGAACUGAUAAACUUACAAAUAGGAAGUCCAAACUGAACUGUUUUAAACACCCGUCCAUUUAAAAUGAUCACUUACUGUACAAUGACAUAAAUGCUGUACUUUUUUUUUCUCUUACAUUUCCCACCAAGUUCACUCUGUCCGCUUAGGUAUGUGGCUGAAACUGAGUGAGUUUAAUAAAAUGAGAGUUUGUCCCUUUUCAGAAAUAAAAAAAAUGGGACAAAAUUGAUGUUGCAUGACCCUGAACACUGUAGCUGUUGAACAUUAACUAUUUUUUUAACGAAUGCCAUGAUAUCUCAGUAGUGUUGCAGCUCUUUAAGUUGAUUCAGUUUAUACUGAGAAAUGCAAUAUGCAUGUUUGUCUUUUUUUUCCAAGUUUAAAAAAAAAAUCAAAAUAUUAGUGUAGCUUUUUUUUUUUAUUCUUUGCAUUUACGUAGAUACACUAUGAUAGCCUGUUUGCCAAAUUUGAAUCAAUAAUAAUGUGAUAGCCUGAAUAUUUCUUGUGAAAUUGAACAUCUCAUUUAUUUUAAGGAAAACAAUUAAUUGGAAAUACCAGGACCCUUGUGAAAAGCAGUUGAAUGUAUAUCUUUGUAUAAAACUAUUUUAGUUCCAAGAAUAUGGUAGUUAAAAUAGAUGUGAAAGAUAAGAUAACCUUUUUUAUAAAUCUUUUGUAUUAGAACAAUAACAUUGAUAAUUUUGUAUAUAUGAGAAGCUAGGCUUUCUGAUUAGCAGAAAGGUCAAACAUUCCUACAUUUUUUUUAAAUGUACGUUUGUCAAAUUAUUACUUAAACAUGCGCAAUGUUAUGUGCCUUUUAUUUGGGUUGUCUAAAUAAAAGAAAAUUAUCAAAUGUGUUCAUGUAUUAAGUACUGUCCAAC